AUGUCUGGCCACAGAAGAGCAGAUUUUCUACUAGUGUUCUCCUGCCUGGUGCUGUCUGUCUUUUCGACCAUUGAUGAGUACCAGAACAGCUCAGAAGGGGCCCUUUAUAUCCUGGAAAUCGUCACCAUCGUGGUGUUUGGGGUGGAAUACUUUGUGCGGAUCUGGGCCGCCGGCUGCUGCUGCCGAUACCGGGGCUGGAGGGGACGCUUGAAAUUUGCCCGCAAGCCUUUCUGUGUCAUCGACAUCAUGGUGCUGAUCGCAUCCAUCGCCGUGCUGGCGGCGGGGUCCCAAGGGAACGUCUUUGCCACCUCGGCACUCAGGAGUUUGAGGUUCCUGCAGAUCCUGCGCAUGAUCCGCAUGGACCGGCGCGGCGGCACCUGGAAGCUCCUGGGCUCUGUGGUCUACGCACACAGCAAGGAGCUGAUUACUGCCUGGUAUAUUGGCUUCCUGUGCCUCAUCCUGGCCUCUUUCCUGGUGUACUUGGCCGAGAAGGGAGAAAAUGAGCACUUUGAUACAUACGCAGAUGCACUCUGGUGGGGUCUGAUCACUCUCACCACCAUUGGCUACGGGGACAAGUAUCCACAGACCUGGAAUGGGCGGCUGCUGGCGGCGACCUUCACACUCAUCGGCGUCUCCUUCUUCGCCCUUCCUGCCGGCAUCUUGGGUUCGGGAUUUGCUUUGAAGGUGCAAGAGCAGCAUCGACAAAAACACUUUGAGAAGAGGCGAAACCCAGCAGCGGGCCUGAUCCAGGCGGCUUGGAGAUUUUAUGCCACCAAUCUGUCCCGGACAGACCUGCACUCCACCUGGCAGUACUACGAACGCACCGUCACCGUCCCCAUGUACAGCACGCAAACGCAAACGUAUGGUGCCUCCAGACUCAUCCCUCCUCUGAACCAGCUGGAGCUCCUGAGGAACCUGAAGAGCAAGUCAGGACUGACAUUCAGGAAAGAGCAGCAGCCAGAACCAUCGCCAAGUAAGAGCAAACCGUGCAGAGAGUCACUAUGCGGAUGCUGCUCAGGAAACUCUAGUCAGAAGGUCAGUUUGAAAGAUCGUGUCUUCUCCAGUCCCCGCGGUGCUGGCACCAAAGGGAAAGGCUCUCCACAGGCUCAGGGCAUCAGGAGGUCCCCCAGCGCUGACCAGAGCAUCGAGGACAGCCCGAGCAAAGUGCCCAAGAGCUGGAGCUUCGGAGACCGCAGCCGAGCCCGGCAAGCCUUCCGCAUCAAGGGAGCGGCGUCGCGGCAGAACUCGGAAGAAGCAAGCCUCCCUGGAGAAGACAUUCCUGAUGAGAACAAAAGCUGCAACUGCGAGUUUGUGACAGAAGAUUUGACACCAGGGCUGAAAGUCAGCAUCAGGGCAGUGUGCAUUAUGAGGUUUCUCGUCUCCAAGCGCAAGUUUAAGGAGAGCCUUCGUCCCUACGACGUGAUGGACGUCAUCGAGCAGUACUCAGCUGGGCACCUGGACAUGCUCUCCCGGAUUAAAAACCUUCAGGCCAGAGUUGACCAGAUCGUUGGGAGAGGAUCCUCCAUGACUGACAAGGAUCGGACCAAAGGGCCAGCAGAAGGGGAGCUGCCUGAAGACCCCAGCAUGAUGGGCAGGCUUGGAAAAGUUGAAAAACAGGUUCAGUCCAUGGAGAAGAAGCUGGACUUCCUGGUGAACAUUUACAUGCAGCGGAUGGGCAUCCCACCAACGGAGACGGAGGCUUACUUUGGGUCCAAAGAACCAGACCCAGCCCCUCCCUACCACAGCCCCGAAGACAGCAGGGAGCACAUCGACAAGAACGGCUGCAUCAUCAAGAUCAUCAGGUCCACCAGCUCCAUGGGUCAGAAGAACUUCUCUGCUCCACCAGCCCCAAGCAACGCGUGCCCGCCCUCCACGUCGUGCCAGCGGCAGAGCCACGGCUCCUCUCCCAUCGGAGACCCCGGCUCGCUGGUCCGGAUCCCACCUCCGCCCUCCCACGAGCGCUCCCUGUCCGCCUACAGCGGCGGGCACCGGGCGAGCGCCGAGUACCUGAGGAACGAAGACAUUACAACCAAACACCACGAGAGUGCCAUGAGAGACAGCGACACGUCCAUCUCCAUCCCCUCGGUGGACCACGAGGAACUGGAGCGCUCUUUCAGCGGCUUUAGCAUCUCUCAGUCCAAAGAGAAUUUGGACAUCCUUAACAACGGUUGCUAUGCAGCCGUAGCCAAAAUCAGACCCUACAUUGCAGAAGGGGAGUCAGACACCGACUCUGACCUCUGCACACCCUGUGGUCCCCCCCCGAGGUCAGCCACGGGCGAGGGACCCUUCAGUGACAUGGGCUGGUCAGCCCCCCGGCAGUGAAGCCUCCCUGCAGCCGCCGAGCCACGUCCAAGCGCUGGCAGCUGCCCGCUCCAGCUGUCCACGUGCCGAACUUCUCCAGGAGACCGACAGCUAAGGCUUUCCUCUUUCUAGGGCACCCUUAGCUGGCAGAUACUUUCUUGCAGCUUACUCUGGGGGGGAAUGAGCAGGUCCAAGCCUGCAUUUUUGGAAGAGGUCACGGUGAUGAGCGAACUGGAGCCGUGAAGUCCAGAUUUCUUUCAUACUCUCUUUCUAAGAUCAUUAGGUGAAAUUUCCAUGGCGCAGAGUAAGCAAUUUGCAUUUCUUGGGAAUCUUCAGAAGCGCAGGGCAGGAAUAAAUCACCCAGCCAGGGCUUUUGUUGAUCACAUUAACUGGUGGCUGACAAGUGUUAGGUGGGAAUUGCUAUGUCAUGGCAGAAGCUGAUCACACUUUUAGGUGUUUUGGAGUCACAGACAGAAUACAUGUCUGUUUCUGGCCUGGGUUUCAGGGCACGUGCAAUAAUGAGGGAUUGUUACUCUGUGGUUCCUCAUCAGCUGUGAGGAAGGUGACAUAAUUCCAAUAUAAUACAUGGAAAUGUUGUGUGGGCCCCUGGAGGAGAGGGAUGGUGGCUGGGAUAUUUGCAUGAGAAGAAGACAUGGCCUUAAGUGGGACUUGCUGGGGUACUGCUCAGAACCAGAGAAUUUGGAAAUUAUCCCAUCUUAGGAAAAACUCAGAAAUAUGAGCUUGAGUGCAAGAAGAGGGACAAUCCAGAGAAAUGAGACAGAGAAGGAGGACGAGAAACUAAGGGGAUGGAAUUUUAUAUUUUAAACCAUGUAUUGUAUUUAAUUAUCUCUCCUUCUGCUGACAAGGGACCUGGGGGUGCUUUGAAAGCAAAGAGAAACCAAAGGCAUCCCCUCUGGAGGGCUGCCAUGAUCCCAAGCCAUUCUCAUGGCCAGCAGUGCUGUUGGGGAGGCACAGCCACCAGUCAAAGGGAGAGGGUGGACGUGCAGGAUGCUGUGGUCCCUGCCUUGCUGCGAGUUAAGUGCUGAGUUCCAUCCUCUGGAAGCCCUGUUGGUCAGAGUGGGCACUUUUCUUACAGUUUGCAUUGUGCCUGAACACUUUUGCACAUACUAUGCCCGUGAAAAUCUUUCCUUCCUUCUUCUGCCCUGCCAAGAAUCUCACCCCCACGUUCUCGGGACAUCCUUUGGUUUGUUUGGAUCCCUCAAGCUGAGUCAAGAGGCCCUGCUUUUUUUCUUCAUGGUCUCUCAGAAGCCUCUUGCCCGUGCUUGCCCGCGAGUUGUGCCAAUCCCCGUCUGCCCCGUUCCGUUGUUGUGGAAGCACUUCCUCUUGGAAAGGUCAUUGUGUCAUUGCCAGGAACCUCAGCAGCUCCUUCAGCUGGGGGAAAGCGAGGGGAAAAGUGAUGCUCAAAGUUUCUUUUGGGACCAAAACAAAGCCACAAAGUGAUCCUUUACGUGGAUAAGUUGUUAGGGGUUUUAUUUGCAAGGGGGUGGAUCAGGAGAGGUUUGGUUUGGGAUCUGUUUCCAGGGCUGGGACACCAGGGCUGGCAUUGUGCCUCUGAACCUUGCUGUGCAUCCACAGCCCAAAUCCCACAUGUGUUUUCUGCUGUGAUUUCAAACCCCCAUCUGUCCACAUUUUCCCUGUGUCAUAUCAAGAGCCUGUUAAGGAUAUUUAGGUGACAACUUCAUUUCUGUGUGGCCUUUGAGAGGCUGAACAUUGAUUUGCUUGGGGUGAAGGGAGACUCACAGCCUUUUCCUCUCCUCCUGUUUGCUUGACCAGACACAGCAACCAGGGGAGACCCAGGAUAAUUUUGGCCUUAGGGAAGAUGUGAGUGCAGUCUGACAACUUGCAGACAGGAAAUAAAACCAUUCUUUUGCUAAUGCCCAGGUUCAGCACACAGGUCUUAUCAUGGAGUGAGGAAGAGGGAAGUAUCUUCACAAUUUUCCCUGCCAUUUUUCAGCAUUCAGGAGGGGAAAACCUUGUUAUUAGGGAGAAACUGGGCUUCUAGCCACGCUAGUUCUUUUCUUUCCCCUCUUGAGCCUUGUUUUUGUUAACUUCUGCAGUUUUCCCCUCUCUCUUUGUGCUCCAGAUCUCCUUCUGGCUCCAGAUUUCUUUGUGCAGAAUUAACGCAGUGAUGCCCUUGACUUCCACACAGAGACAAGUUUAAAUGCCUAAUGGUUGUAAAUCAUGCAGAUUUGCCUCUGGUGUGCUCCAAAAUGAGAUCCUUUCUGCUAGAACUAGUGUCAGCAGGUCCUAAAUCAAAUGUGGUGGCCUGGGCUUUCUACCAACCACAAGAAUGGAAAUGAUACUUGGUGAGGCAAAAAUCAACAUUGCUCCAGCCAGUUGCUCACUCCAAAUUUUGUCCAAGUCAGAGAUAACAAAGAUUUAUUCUCUUAUUUGUUUGCAAUUACUUUUCAAGGCCUGCUGGAAAUUUGGCACCAAGGGUAUGAUACAGAGGCAGGAAUGCCAGAUGAGGAUGAGGAUAAGGAUGAUGUCAUGCACUCCUAUUCCAGCACAGGUACAUGCCUGGUCUUUAGUAACAGAACCACAGAAUCAUCAAUUCACAGAACCACAGAAUGGUUUGGGUGGAAAAGGACCUUAAAGCUGAUUUUCAGGUGUUGCAUAGGAAAAAUUGAGUUUUUCCUCUUCAAUUUCCUGCACUGGAAUCUAUAAAUAUAUUUUGACUUGCAUAUUGAAAAGAUUUGUCCCAUAAUCAGUGAUUGCAGAAAACUGGUUUUAUAUACAUUUCUCAUGGAAUUCACAUAGAAUUCAGAUAUAAUUUUUUUUGAAGGUAUGAGAUAUAUUUUUCUGUGGUGUCAUACCAAAGAAUUUCUGACACACCCCCAUGCACAACCAUACCAUAACUCAUCAUUUCUCAUUCAUCCAGGCAAAACCUCAUGGAUUUUGGGGUUAACUUACACUAGAAUUAGCUUCAAAUAAUGCUCAUCACUUCCAUGAAAUUAUUUAAGCCUGCAUAAACAAUGACAGGUCCUGCUUGUUGCUUAUUGACAUAAAUAAUUCCAUUAUUUUCCUAAAUCAUAGUCCAAUACUCUCUGAAAAGCCUUCCCUUCUGAUGGCUCAGCUCCCCCAUGUCUGUACCACACAUUCCUGGUGGCAAUCUCCCACAAGAAGUCUUAACCACCAGACUACAAGAGAAUAAAUUGGUUUUGGGUUGCUGAUAAGGCAGUCCUGAUAACGAAGACUUUUAAAAGGGUGGACAGGCAAACUUUGUCCCUCUGCUGAGCCUCUCUUGGGCUACUCUUUGCUCCCCUCUUCCUCCCAGAUCUUAUUCCAUAUUUUUUGGAGGAUAGAAACAAGUUCUAGGCAAUGCUAAGUGUGGACAGAGGAGUCCAGUGAGAGAGCUGAAGAUGUGAAAGCCAAAUUUCCAGCAGACCAUCUUGAACUGCUCCAGGGCUGCCCAUGCCCACACUCGGCUCCGUGCCCAGAGCCUGGUUCCAGGAGUGUCUGU